GCUCUAUAUUCCAAGAUCUCUCUCUCUCUCUCUCCGAUCUAGCUCCAGGGCGUGUGGCAACUUCCCAUUUCUAACAUCCUCUCUUCCCUCCUUUCAGAACCCCCACCGAAUCUCAGCCGUCCAUUCCUCGUCACAUUUCCCCCAAAAUCCAUCAGAUCUAAGAACUCGAAACAAAGAAACCAAACCUCCUCCCACAAUCCCUCUUCCAUUCCAAUGGCAAACUCGUAAAUAAAACCCCCAUUUCCCAAACCCCCACAACGGAUCUUCCACUAUAGUCACCCACAAUGUCUUCAAAGCAAUACUACACCACAACGAGUCUCGUUGUGGGCUACGCCCUCUGCUCGAGCCUCCUUGCAGUCAUCAACAAAUUCGCCAUCACCAAAUUCAACUUCCCGAGCCUCCUCACAGCACUGCAAUACCUAACUUCCGCUGCCGGCGUUUGGAUCUUCGGCAGGCUUGGAUUCCUCUACCACGAUCCCUUUACCCUCGAGACGGCAAAGAAAUUCCUCCCGGCCGCUACCGUCUUCUACCUCGCCAUCUUCACUAACACCAACCUCCUCCGCCACGCCAACGUGGAUACCUUCAUCGUCUUCCGGUCGCUGACUCCGCUCCUGGUGGCCGUCGCGGACACUACGUUCCGACGGCAGCCGUGCCCGUCCAAGCUCACCUUCAUCUCGCUAGUGAUCAUCCUCGGCGGGGCGGUUGGGUAUGUUGCGACGGAUUCGGCAUUCACCCUCACUGCAUACUCAUGGGCUCUGGCAUAUCUUGUCACGAUCACGAGCGAGAUGGUCUACAUCAAACACAUGGUCACGAAUCUUGGGUUGAAUACGUGGGGCUUUGUCUUCUACAACAAUCUGCUGUCGUUGAUGAUGGCGCCACUGUUUUGGGUUCUGACUGGGGAGUAUGCUGAUGUGUUCUCAGCCAUUGGAUCAAACUCUGGGAAUUGGGUGGACCCGGUCACGUUUGUGGCAGUGGCACUGUCAUGUGUUUUCGGGUUGCUUAUCAGCUUCUUUGGGUUUGCAGCCCGCAAGGCGAUCUCCGCCACAGCAUUUACAGUGACUGGGGUGGUUAAUAAGUUUCUUACUGUUGUGAUCAACGUGUUGAUUUGGGAUAAGCACGCGAGCCCAUUUGGAUUGGUGUGCCUGUUGUUUACGAUUGUGGGGGGAGUUCUUUAUCAGCAAUCUGUUAGUGGUGGCGGAGGUGGCCCACCAUCACGGGAUGUAUCGGCAGUUUCAAAGCAAGGGGACGGUGAAGAUGGGGACUGCGAGUCAUUGGAUGAGAAUCAACCAUUGAAAGUGUCGGGUAAGUAUUCCAGUGUAUGAAUUCUACUAAUGAGUCAUUUUCCUGUAUUUUUUUUUCGAUUGUUAAAGAGGCUAAAUUGCAGUGUAAUGAAUCUUUAUGCCCAGCAUUAGUGCAAAUUCAACCUUUGAUAUUUUUUGUUAUA